AUGGGCAACGAGGACAGCUUGGAGGACGUUUUUGUAGCUGUCCUCCGGCCCAAGAAUCAAGUCAGUCUCAGCUCCAAGGAAUACAGAGCCAAAUCUUACGAGAUCCUGUUGAGUGAAGUGCCCUUAGAAGGGAAGGAGAAGAAAAAGAAGAAAGUCCUGCCGGCAACAAAAAUCCAGGUGGCAGGAGACAAAUCUAGGUCCAUCUUGGACUAUGUUGCGGACACCAUUAAACCCUUGUCAAACAACCAAAGCUUCAUCGGUAAACGUGUGGUUCACAUGAAGAAAUUCCCGCUGGAUGGGGACAAUGCCGUCGAACAGGCGUCAUUGUUUGUGGUGCCAGUGGGCGUUAAAGAUAACAACAAGUCGGUCCAUAACGCAGGCAGCCCGAGUUUUUACUGCCUGCAUGACAUCAUGAGGGUGUGCAGCGAGACCAGCGCCCAUUUCUGCCCUGUCACCGCCAGGAUGCUUCUCGCCUUGGAUAAGUGGCUAGCAGAGCAGCACACCGUGCCUCACGCCAUCCCAGCUUUAUUCCGUCCGGCGCCAGUGGAGCGGGUGAAGACCAACGUCAGCAACCCGGCGUACGGCGGGGAAGGCAAAGUGAGUGAUGAGGGUCUGCACAUGGGCUACACGGCGCUGGAAAUCAAAAGCAAGAUGAUGUCCUUGGAGAAGGCGGACAUGUGUAUCCUAAACCCGCUCUACGGAUCCGAUCUCCAGUACACUAACCGGGUAGAUAAAGUCAUCAUCAAUCCAUAUUUCGGACUUGGAGCACCCGACUACUCCAAAAUCCAAAUCCCAAGCAGGGAGACGUGGCAGCACGGUGCCAACUGUGCAGCAGAUGACAAGGAACGGCAGUGGGUGGACGACUUCCCGCUUCACCGCAGCGCCUGCGAGGGAGACACGGAGCUGCUCAGCAAGCUUCUGGAUAGUGGCUUCUCAGUCAAGCAGCUGGACAGUGACCACUGGGCUCCUAUUCACUACGCCUGCUGGCACGGCAAAGUUGAGGCAACCAAGCUACUCUUGGAAAAAGGGAAAUGCAACCCAAACUUGCUGAACGGGCAACUUAGCUCACCUCUGCACUUCGCUGCGAGAGGUGGCCACGGUGACAUCGUGCAACUUUUGCUGCAGCACCCUGAGAUUGACCGGCACAUAGAAGACCAGCAGAAGAGAUCGCCGCUGCAAGUGUGUGAAGAGAACAAGCAGAACGAAUGGGAGGAGACAAUGAAGCUUCUUCAGCAAGCUAACAGCAAACCUUACGAGAAAGUGCGCAUCUACCGCAUGGACGGGUCAUACCGUUCCGUGGAGCUGAAGCACGGCAAUAACACCACCGUACAGCAGAUCAUGGAGGGCAUGCGUCUCUCCCAGGAGACCCAACAGUACUUCACCAUCUGGAUCUGCUCGGAGAACCUCCACCUUCAGCUGAAGCCGUACCACAAACCCUUGCAGCACCUGCGCAUCUGGACUGAGAUCGUGACGGACCUGACCGUGCUGGAUCCGCAAAGGGAGACGCCUCAGCUCUUCCUCCGCAGGGAUGUCCGCUUACCUCUGGAGAUUGAGAAAAAGGCGGAGGAUCCGCUGGCCAUUCUCAUCCUGUUCGACGAGGCCCGACACUGCCUGUUGAAGGGUUUCUUCCCGGCUCCAGACAGCAAGCUAAUCACGUUAGCCAGCUUUCUGCUGCAGAUCAUUUACGGAAACUACGAGAGCAAGAAGCACAAGCAAGGAUUUUUGAAUGAGGAAAACUUGAAGUCCAUUGUGCCCAUAUUGAAAGUGAAAAGCAAAGCGUACCACUGGACCAACAGGAUUCUUCAUGAAUACAAAGCGCUGAGCACCAGUGAAGGCGUGAGCAAGGAGAUGCACCACCUGCAGCGUCUCUUUCUGCAGAACUGCUGGGACAUCCCCACGUACGGUGCCGCCUUCUUCACCGGUCAGGUGUACACCAAGGCAAGCGCCAGCAACCACAAAGUUAUCCGUGUCUACGUGGGCGUCAACACCAAAGGGCUGCACCUAAUGAACAUGGAGACCAAGGCGCUUCUCAUCAGCUUAGAGUACGGCACGUUCAUGUGGCAGCUGGGACCCGCUGACCAAUACUUCCAAGUACACAGCGGAGAAAACAAAAUGAACUUCAUCGUGCAUACCAAGCAGGCUGGCCUCAUCGUUAAACUUCUAAUGAAACUGAGUGGACAGAUGACGUCUAAUGACAAAGGCGGCGCAGACAAAUACGCUUACGGCUGA